UUGCAAAAGAGCACGCAGAAAACAGAAAUCUAAACCCACCAUCACCCACCGAGUCCCACUCGGUCUCCCAACUCAGCCGCGCGUACAAACUCGUUCCGAGUUCACGCCCUGCAUCAUCAUCAUCUUCAUCGUUCAGGGGAAGUUACAGGGAGAGGAGAAGGCCGGAAAAAGGGAAGAGUUUCCGCUGAACUUUUUAUCUCUUCUUCGAGUGCUCAACUUUGUGCCGUCCAUGGAUUCUCCCGCCACGACCGCCGCUCUCUCCGAUACCCAGCAGCAGCACCUCCUCCACAAGCUCGACCUCUUCAGGCUCCAGGGCCGCGACCGGCGGGGCCGCGCUGUCCUCCGCGUCGUCGGCAAGUUCUUCCCCGCUCGGUACGUGAGCGUCGAGGCGUUGACGAAGUACUUGGAGGAGAGGGUUUUGCCCAAGCUGGAGGACCGGCAAUUCGCGGUGGUGUACGUCCACGCCGGCGUCCGGAGGAGCGAGAACUGCCCCGGAAUCUCCGCCCUCCGGUCGAUCUACGAGGCCAUCCCGGUCAGCGUGAAGCGCAACCUCGAGGCCGUUUACUUCGUCCACCCGGGUCUCCAGGCCCGCCUCUUCCUCGCCACCUUCGGCCGCCUUCUCUUCGCCGGAGGGUUGUAUGAGAAGAUAAAGUAUGUGAACAGAGUGGAGUUCCUUUGGGAGGAGGUGAGGAGGAAGGAGGUGGAGCUGCCGGAGUUCGUGUAUGAACUCGACGACAAGAUGGAGCACCGCCCGAUCAUGGCGGACUCCGGUUCGGAGAGCGAUCACCUGCGUCUCCACCAUGGGGCGUCCUUCGUGGACCCCGUCGGCGUCUCCAGCUACUCCAUGAGGUGCAUUGCCUUGAAGUUGGAAUCACAACCGUCGAAAGCAAGAUAGCAAUGGGGGUCGAUAUUUUAAUUUUGAUUUUC